AUGGACAAGGAAUGUCCGCAUUGUCAUGCUCUGAAAUUCAAAAAUGAGCCAGCUGGGAUGUGUUGCGCGUCAGGAAAAGUGCAACUACCUGAAAUUGAAACACCACCUGAAUCAUUGAACGGCUUACUUAUCGGCACGGAUCCAGACUCUAACGUGUUCCUGAAGUCAAUUCGAAGAUUCAAUUCAUGCUUUCAAAUGACAUCGUUCGGAGCAACAGAAAUAGUUCGAAAUACUAAUGCAAAUGGUCAACAAUUCAAUUCUACAUUCAAAAUCAGAGGCCAAGUUUAUCAUAAAAUGGGCUCACUGCUGCCAAUGCCAAAUGAACCACAUAAAUUCUUACAAAUCUACUUUAUGGGCGGCGAGGAUUCCGGAAGCGCACUUGCCAAUCGCGUGAAUGCACGUUGUGAUUAUAAUAACCUUGAUUCACUUUAUGCCAGGCGCAUCGUCAGCGAGCUAGAUGCUCUUUUGAACGAGCACAACGAGUUGUUGAAAAUAUUCAAAUCACAUAUGCACCAAUUACAAAGCGAUAAUCACGCUAUCGUCAUUAAUCCUGAUAAAACACCAGCUGGAGAGCAUAUUCGUAGAUUCAAUGCACCCGUUGUUGAUGAUGUUGCUGGAAUCAUGGUUGGCGAUUGUACAGCUGCACGAGAAAUUGUGAUUCGUAGAAGAAAUAAUAAUCUUCAGUUCAUUGCUGACACACAUCGUUCAUAUGACGCUCUCCAAUAUCCGCUAAUAUUCUGGAAGGGACAAGACGGAUAUUGCAUAAACAUAAAACAACGAGAUCCUGUAUCAGGAGCUGAAACAAACAAGAACGUUAGCUCAAAGGAUUAUUAUGCGUACCGAUUAAUGAUUAGACGUGGCCUGGACAACGUCAUUUUACGAUGUCGUGAGCUUUGUCAACAAUUCAUGGUCGACAUGUACGCGAAGAUUGAGAGCGAACGACUACGAUACUUACGAUAUAAUCAACAAAAGCUGCGCGCGGAAGAGUACAUUCAUUUGCGAGACGCUAUCAACAACAACGCCGACGUCGCCGAAAUUGGUAACCAUGUCAUUUUACCAUCAUCGUACGUAGGCAGUCCACGUCAUAUGCAAGAAUAUAUACAGGAUGCUCUGACUUUCGUGCGCGAAUAUGGACGACCAUGUUUAUUUAUCACGUUCACAUGUAAUCCAAAAUGGCCAGAGAUUACAUCUUUGCUACUGCCUGGCCAAAAUGCAAUACAUCGCCAUGACAUUACAGCACGUGUGUUCAGACAAAAGUUGAAGUCUUUAAUAAGUUUCAUUACUAAAUCACAUGUAUUUGGUCCCACACGUUGCUGGAUGUAUUCGCUUGAGUGGCAAAAGCGAGGAUUACCUCAUGCACACAUUUUGGUUUGGUUCAUCGACAAAAUCCGUCCUGAAGAAAUCGAUAGUAUCAUUUCUGCGGAAAUUCCAGAUCCAUCCACUGACCAACUGCUGUUUGAUAUUGUUACAACAAACAUGAUUCAUGGUCCAUGUGGUACUCUUAAUAGUUCAUCGCCUUGCAUGGCUGAUGGAAAAUACAUUGAUAUUGACAAUCGUUGGGUGGUGCCAUAUUCGCCUCUGCUGAGCAAGACAUAUAAUGCUCAUAUUAAUGUUGAGUUCUGCAGUUCUGUGAAGAGCAUCAAAUACAUUUGCAAGUAUGUCCAUAAAGGCAGUGAUAUGGCUGUGUUUAGAGUGGAAAAUACUAAUGUGAAUGCUCCUCCAGUGAAUAAAAACGAUGAAAUAACGCUCUACCAAAUUGGUCGGUACAUCAGCUCCAAUGAAGCUGCUUGGCGUAUCUUUGGUUUUCCAAUUCAUGAACGGGAUCCAGCAGUUGUUCAGUUAGCCAUCCAUCUUAAAAACGGUCAGCGUGUAUUUUUCACGAACGAAACAGCGAUUGAUCGUGCAAUAAAUCCACCUAAAACUACACUCACUGCAUUUUUUGAAUUGUGUAAUCGUGCGGAUGAUUUUGGUGCCUUUGCACGAACAUUACUUUAUUCACAAGUACCACGCUAUUUCACAUGGACUCAAACAAAAACAUGGAUGCCCCUCAAUCCAAGACACACGGAGUGCUUUUAUCUUCGACUGUUGUUGGUUAAUGUUACUGGCCCAUUAUCAUUUCAAGAUAUACGUAAAGUGAAUGGGCAACAAUAUCCAACGUAUAAAGAUGCAUGCCUUGCACUCGGCUUGCUGGAAGACGACAACCAGUGGGAAUGCAUGCUUGCUGAAGCUGCAUUGAACUGUACAGCAAUACAAAUUCGUCUACUAUUCGCUAUAGUGUUGACUACAUGUUUCCCAGCCCGAGCACAGAUAUUAUGGGAAAAUCACAAAGAUUCAAUGACUGAUGAUAUAUGA